GAUAUUUUUGGCGCUCGCUAAUUUAUGCACAGUCUACGCGUCAUCUUGAAAGAAAGCACUGUACUACUCCAAAAAUAAUCAUGCCUGGUGGUAAAGCUGGUAAAGAUUCAGGAAAGGCCAAGGCUAAGGCAGUGUCAAGGUCCGCGAGAGCUGGUUUACAGUUUCCCGUUGGACGUAUCCACAGGCAUUUGAAGAACAGAACCACAAGCCAUGGCCGUGUGGGAGCCACCGCAGCCGUGUACAGUGCAGCCAUCCUUGAAUACCUAACCGCAGAAGUGCUCGAAUUGGCAGGUAAUGCCAGUAAGGAUCUCAAAGUAAAGAGAAUCACCCCACGUCACUUGCAGUUAGCCAUCAGAGGAGAUGAAGAAUUGGACUCCCUCAUCAAAGCCACAAUUGCUGGUGGUGGUGUCAUUCCACAUAUCCACAAGUCACUGAUUGGCAAGAAGGGAGGACAGCAAGCCAAGUAAAGUGGGCAUGUUCAUUCAUCAGGGAACAAUGUGUAGUGAAUGUGUUAAAGAACAAUCUCAUCAUCGUGUAGCUCGUAGUUUUAUAUGAAUGUAUGAAAAUGGACUUUCACAUAGUGUAAUUCUUUAUAUCAUCAUCUGUGUAUCAUUUCAUCCUUCAUUUUAAAGUACUUCAUUUUCCUUAAACUUCAGUGGAAAUUUUUAAUAUUUGGAGAAACUGUGUUUUCUACAAUUUUAGCAUUCAUUUAUCUUCAUUCUGCUUUUAUGUUUAAUAAAUGGUUGUAAAAUUUGA